AGUAGCAUUUGAUAUUCCCAUUCAAACCAUUUGAACCCAGUUGUGAUUUGAGUGAAAUAACUGUCCUCCAUCGUCCACCCGAAAAGAUUUCCCACUUUCGUCUGUAUCUUUCCGUCAAACCAGCAAGAUAAUUCCCGGCCCGCACAUACAGGAAAAGCAAGGAGAGAAAACCGGACAACCCUAGAGAGAAAGGCAGACAAAUGGACGGUAAUUCUACGGAGGCGGAGCGGUGGCUGACCAUAGCAGAGAAGCUCCUAGCGUCACGUGACUUCCACGGGACGAGAACCUUUGCGAUUCGAGUUCGGGAAUCGGCCCCCGUCCUCGGCGAUCAGAUCCUCGCCGUGACUGACACUCUCCUGACCGUCCAAGCCAACCCUCAUGACUGGUACGGCAUCCUCCAGCUCGUUCCGUUAACUCAGUCCAUGGAAGUGGUGGCGAGUCAGUACAGGAAACUCGCCAUUCUUUUGAAUCCUUCGGAGAACACGCUCCCUUUCGCAGAUCAGGCGUUUCGGUUCGUUUCCGACGCUUGGAAUGUGCUGUCGAAUCCUUCCAAGAAGCUCAUUUACGAUAACGAGCUGAGAUUCCUUCAGUUUGGUCAGGUGAGUCAGUUCAAUCAACUGGGUCAGCUUGGCCAACAGCAUUAUCAGCAGCAACCGGAACUUCAGCAACCGCAAACGCAGAUGCUGUUUAUGCAACCGCAGCCUCCUCCGCCCAAAGAAACGCAAACGCUAUUUAUGCAAACGCCACAGAAAGAAACGCAAAAGCAGGUUACGCAAUCACUAUUUGUGAGAAGCCCUAGGAGCAAUAGUAAAGAUGGAAAUACCGAAUUAGAACGAGGAGGGCAGUUGGGUUUAAAUAAUACUGUUCCGGAAUCAACUCGGCCGGGUGAGUCAGCUUGGACGAGGCAGAUUUAUCAGCUAGGUUUAGCCGAGCCGAAUCAGACAGGAUCAGUUAGUUCGAGCCAUAUUAGUUGGCCGGAGAAUACACGGACGAGCCAGAUUAAUCGGCCUGAGCCUAUUCGAGCUAGCCAGGUUAAUCAGUCAGGAACGUCUAGCUCUAGUCACUUUAAUCUGACUGAGCCGACUCGGACGAGUCAAGUUAAUCACACAUCAUCUUCACCUCCUCCACCUCCUGCUGCUGCUGCAGCUACCACUACUACCACUACGGAGCAUAGUCGGGCAGAGCCAGCUGAUGUGAGUCAGAAGACCGAUUCUACUCGGCCUAAUCAGGCUUCUGGGUCAGAGCGACUGACUUUCUGGACGGCUUGUCCAUACUGUUAUGUUCUCUAUGAGUAUCCAAAGGCGUACGAGGACUAUACACUGAGGUGUCAGAUGAAAGAAUGCCGGAGAGCUUUUCAUGCGGUGGUGAUACCUUCGCCUCCUUUGAAUGGAAAGGACACAUAUUUCUGCUGUUGGGGGUUUUAUCCCUUAGGAUUUUCAGGGAAUGGUAAGAAUAUGGACGGUAAUUUUCCCUGUUGGUCACCUAUUUCUCCCAUGUUUACUUGCUCUAACAACAAGAAUGCAGGAAAAGAAAAGAAUUCCAAAAAAUCUGCUCCAAGAGUGUUCUAUGAUGAUCAUGAUGUAUAUGUAGAGAUUUCGGAUUCGAGUAUGAAUUCUGAGGGUGACGAUGAAUGACCAAAAAAUAUGAAAGAAGAGUAAGAAGGCGAAAAGGUGAAGGAUUCGUGGGAGAAAUGCAAAGAAUCCACGAAGUGAUAGAGUGAAGAAGGGGAGUAAUGAGUAAUGACCAAGUUUAUUCUGCUAAUUUUAGUGAAUAAUUGGCAAUUGAAAACUUGAUGGACAUUAGAGGCCGUGGAUGACACAAACUCCUAAUUGCUUCAGGUUUUUAGGUUGAAUGCUUUCUGUUGGUUUUGGCCUAGUACUGUAAUUCGAAGUGCUAUUUUGCUUGUUUAGUGGUUUUAUUAUUUGGUUGUACUGUAGUUGAUUUUCCCUAGUAAAAGCUUCUUUAUUGUAUAUCAUCUGUUCUCUAUGAUUUUGAAUUUUA